AGGCUGUGAAAGAGAAGAAUGAGAAGGUUAAGUUAAUGAAAAGAAUGAAAAAAGAAAUUGAAAAGAAAACUGAAGAAGAUUCAUCUAUCCUACCCACGGCUCCGUUAAUGGAAGAGUACAGUGAAAGUACAGUGAGGAAGCGUAGAGAGAAAAUAGAAGAAGAAAAUGAUAAGGAAGAGAUUUUGUUAAAAGUGGAUCAUGAUGACUACCAAAGACCUGCAAAAUUGGAUCUGAUAGUUGGGUUUCUUCGAUUUUUAAAUUAUCUGAGUUCGUGUACUGCAAUAUUUGGAAUCUGUCUUUCUCUCUACUUUCCACUUAGUGAGAGUGAAGAAGAUAUUCUUGAAAUUAAAUCAAAACUUUCCCCGGAGCAGCAGGAAACCCUAGGCUAUGUCCCGAGCUGGAAAUUACCUCCUGCUGAAUACAGAUGGAUUCUAUUUAUUAAAACAGGAGCUGGAAUUAUACAGUUAGCCUACCUACUGUGUACAGCAGUGUACAUAAUUAUUGACAAUAUUGCAACCAUGACAUUUCGGUGGAAGGAAUAUGGAGAACUCACACAUAGACACACUGAUGCAACGUCUGUUCUGUUUCUCUUCUGCAAAGCACGCUGGAAAAUGCGCCUUCUUGCCGCGCUCAGCAUUGCAAGCGCGCUUUCCCUUCAUACCACGCACAUCAUUUUAAGGUUAACAUUUUUUUAAAAAGAAAUCCAAAUAUU